UUUAGCCUAAAUCAACGUCUUUGCUACGAUGCUUUCUGCUGGACUAUUUUUAUCCAUUAUUGCUGUGGUUGUAUUAAGCGAUGGUGAUGUGGAAACUGCAGUACGUGAAAUGACAACUACUAAAGAUGGAGCAACAUGGUGUCCAGUACCGGUCAUUGGUACGCAGUGUCCCGCAUCAAGCAUUUUCCAUUACUACAAAUGUUGCGGUACUGCUAACAAAGAAUGCUGUUUCAAUCUACAGACAUGGGUUAUUGUUGUUUUGGCAGUGGUUGCAGUAAUGAUGCUUGCAUCAUUCGUACUUUCAGUUCUUCGUUGCUUAUUCUGCCGCCGUUAAUUAAAUGUCACUUCUGAUGAAAUAUAUGUCAUUCAGCUAUGGAUUUCAAUUAAUUUGUUCUAUGCUUUUUUCUCAGCAAGUUAAUCUCUUAUUUUUUUAAUUUUAGAAUAAUUUGUAAUUCACUGAAAUGAAUUUUUAUGUUACGCUCAUUAAAAAUAUAUAUAAAGUAUUCUCCAAGUACCGCAAUGAGCUAACUUACUGUCACAUUUCAAUAGAUUGUUCUUUCUUAGGAGGGGGAAGUGCUGG